UUUUCUGGGUCUAAAGAAGUUUCUAGAGUAAGUGUAAGACAGUGCAAGAGGAGAAGAUGAAGCUGAAGUACUUUCUCAGCGGUCUUUUGGUCAUGCUGUGUAUCGUUGGUGUUUUUGCGACAGGAAAUGGACUUCCAAUAACAUGUUGUCUGAAAACCAGCGAAACCAAGGUCAGAGUUACAGAUAUUAUGAGUUACUUACAUCAAGAACCCCCACAAUGCAAAAUCAAAGCUGUAAGAUUCCUUUUAAUCAAUGGCAAGACCAUAUGCUAUGAUCCAGAGGAUGCUCGGGCCAAGCAGGUCAUAAGUAUUCUGGAUAGUAGAACAACGACACCACCAUCAAAAUCUACAAGCAUGAAAAAUACCACUACAAGAAAAUCUUCACCUGGAAUAACUACAGAAAGCACAGUACCCAUGACAACACCCAAAGACACAUCAAGCACAUGGAAACCAACAAAAUACACCGAUAGGUUUUCGGCCAAACAGCCACUUGGGAAGACAAGUGAACAACGGACAACAACGCAAAUUACAACAAUGAAGAAGAAGACAACGAAGUUGACGACUAUAAUGGACAGUACACCAUUGAUAACGGACAUCAAGACGACUGACAUGACCACGACCAUGACCACAGAAAGCCCAGUGACCACGACAACACCAAAAUAUACAUCCAUCACUCAUACAGCCUCGACCAAAAAAUUGCCUAGGAUUACCAGAAUACCACAACACUGGACAUCAACGAAGCAAAGUACAACCAUUACGAAAAGGGCGACAGUUACACCUGAAAGAAAGAUGACUUCCAUGACCAUGACAACAUCUGAAGGAACAUCAACCACAUGGAAACCAACAGCAUACAUUACAACAACGCAAGAAACCAGAGUAACCAUGACAACACCUAAAGGAACAUCAACGACAAUGAAACCAACAGCAUAUGUUACAACAGCGCAAGAAACCAGAGUGACCAUGACAACACCUAAAGGAACAUCAACGACAAAAAGACAAGUCCAGAAAACAUCCACAAUGAAUGUUACACAAGGAAGACCACGCUGCCCACCAACCGUGACCCACAAGCUAGACAAGUACAAGAACAAGAACAUUCCAUGGACGGUCAGACGUUUGAAAAAGAAACGUAAGCAAGGACUGAGGAGAGUACAGAUGAACCCAGGAUGUAUAGAAGGUUGACCACAAUGCUGAUAAUUUAAAGAUUAAGAAUCUUUUGCACUUGAAGACGACCGCAGACGUCGUGAGAAAAUCCUUGCGGUUAUUCUUCACACACUGCCAGCUGUGCACUUUCUUUCCACAUUGACUCAUUCUGUGUCAGAUCGGUACCACUAGGACGGUUGGGCAUGAUCUAUAUUCCACAGUGAUGUUCAUGCUAGGUUUCAAACUGUACAAAAUUUUUCAGUUGUCAUUAUGAAAUGCUUCGUAGUCUUUAAGACCAGGGUUGAAGAAUAAAACCUAAAACUCUGUUUUAGAGGAAUUAGUACUAGUAGGAGUGAAUUUUAAUUUACCAUGUUUUUUUAAUUUUGUUCUCAUUUGGGUGCUUAGUAAAGAUAGCCAAUGGAAGCUGGUUCUAACACUUGGGUGCCAUUAUAGAGAUGCCAAGAAGUAACGUCCAUAUAUAAUCUUAUAUCUUUGAAGACUCUUAAGAGUAUCUGAAUUGCACAUAUUUCUAUCAAUCCCAGAUUUAUGUUGUCCAAGACUAUCUCUGUUGAAUCAUUGCUCUGAUGUGCAAUAAUGCUGUAACAUAAAGUUACUUUAUGAUUUACAAUGAUGUAUAUAUAUAUAUGCUAGGCUAUUUAUUUCAAGGAUUACAAUAUUUAUGCUCCAUGUUGUGUCAUGUCUCAGUGUAUCUCAUUAAAGGAAAUAUAUUGGAAAUA